CACUCCCAAUUCGUCGCUCCUAUUUUCGUUCGUUCAUUUAGUCUGCUUGAAACCGUCGCGAGAGGUGGAUUGUUCGUGCUCGCAAAAGCUAAACGCGUUUCGGUGUGGUUUGUGUUUAUAUUAUAGUGUACAAUGGCUUACAACGGUGGUGGUGGCGGCAAAAGACUGUGCACAGGAUCAGAGGUCGACGUCGAACGGAGUAACGGCAACAACUUCAUGUCGGGCGAGCCGCGGCGGAAGCGCGAGUUGCCCGCCCGCCCCAACCACAUCCUGCUCUACACCAUCAUCAACCCCGCCUACCCCAUCACUGUGGACGUGAUCCACACGAUCAGCUCGCCGCACGGGCAGGUUCAGCGCAUCGUGGUCUUCAAGAAGAACGGCGUCCAGGCGAUGGUUGAGUUCGAGAGUGUAGAGUCAGCGACGCGAGCGAAGGAGGCGCUACACGGCUGCGACAUAUACUCAGGAUGUUGCACGCUCAAAAUUGAAUUCGCAAAGCCCGAAAGAUUGAAUGUCUUCAAAAACGACCAGGACAGCUGGGAUUACACAUUGUCAGAGGAUGUGCAGCCGACGCAGCGCAGCGCGCCGCUGCUCCAGUCGCCACAGUACACCGGCGGGCGGCCGCAGCCGUACAAUUCUAAUAGACCUGGUCAUGGGGUAUCGACAGAUGCUACUAGCAACUCGACGCAUGCGACCACAAGGACUUGCAGCGAAGACACCUGCAGCCAGCAUAGCCAACAUUCUUGCGAGCACACGCAGAAUGAUAUGGAAUUUGGCAGCGGAGGACCACCUCCCAUGAUGAAGGAACGACACGGCCCACCGCCUCCGCACCAUCCGAGAGACGGUCGUGGAUACGGACCAGAGGGUUAUGGUGGCGAGGGAUUCGUACCACCACCACCCAUGCACCACCCGAUGGCACCACAGAAUCAGGGUGGUCCGCCACAGCAGGGCGCGGUGAUGAUGGUGUACGGUCUGGACCUCAACACGGUCAACGCGGACCGCCUCUUCAACCUGUGCUGUCUGUACGGGAACGUGGUUAGGAUAAAGUUCCUCAAAACAAAAGAGGGCACCGCCAUGGUGCAGAUGGGCGACGGCGUCUCCGUCGAGCGCUGCGUACAGAACCUCAACAACGUCACAGUCGGAGACUACACGCUCACACUCGCGUUCUCCAAACAGGCGUAUCUCUCCGAAGUGAUGAACCCGUACCCGCUGCCGGACAAGAGCCCGUCGUUCAAGGACUACGUCGGCAACAAGAACAAUCGCUUCCUCACACCGGCGUCCAUACACAAGAACAGAAUACAGCCGCCGUCUAAGGUGGUACACUUCUUCAACACUCCCCCUGACGUCUCCGACGAGCAGCUGCUGGCCGUCUUCCACGAGUACGGCGUCGCCCCCCCGCACACCGUCUCCAAGUUCCCGCUGAAGAGCGAGAGGUCGUCUUCGGGUCUGAUGGAGUUCCAGAACAUAUCGCAGUCGGUGAUGGCCAUCAUGGCGUGCAAUCACGCUACCAUACAGCAUCCAGGCGCGAAGUUCCCGUUCGUGAUGAAGCUCUGCUUCUCCUCGUCGCGGCAGAUCGGGCAGAAGGGGCAGGCGCCGGCGAAGCAGGACCGGCAGAACCAGGAUCGGCAGAACGAACGCCAGAACCAGGACAGGCAGGGGCAGAAUAACGGCCUCGAGCACGAAUACUACUAACGGGGAGGCGGCGGACACACAAACACACAUAUCAAGACGGACGGCCACACACAACACACACACAGCGAGUGGGCCACAGCGGGCCAUAGCAAAACUUGUCCCGUACAUUCUCAAAGACAAUCCAAUAUACCAAAAAAUAAUGGACAUUUUUUUGCGAUGGCAACAUAAUUAUAAUUCCUUUUUAAUUUAAUCGUGAUGUAGAUCACUAAAAGACAUUAACAGUUAGUUAUUUUAGACACAGUACCAAGAUUUAAUUUUGAUAUGUUUAACACGUACAUUUCCAACUUUUUUCCCAUUUUUUUUUUUCGUUUUUUUUUUGUUUAAGGGGCUACCUGUGAAAUGCAUAGCGCAUUUUAUUUAGUUAGACAUUAGGUACGGCUUAAGCAUUAUUCCCAUGAUAUCUAGUUAUUAGUUUAGUUUUUUAUGUAUCGUCCAAGACUUGCGGUGUCAUUUUUAUGUUACGGCGGUGUAAAUUUUGUCCUAAUUUUUAAAACGAUUGACUUAUUACGUUAAAGGUGACACCGCGACGAUUUUUUCCCUUUAGAUUAGAUUAGUUUGUGAAUUCGUGACUAUUCCGAAUGUAAUGUAGAUUUUUUUGUCUACCCCCAAUUGUUGCGUCUAAACAUUGGCGUGUAUGUUUAUCGUUAUUUGGUUGUACGAUAACUUGACAGUUGUGAAAAUUUGUACAAGAAAUAAAGAAUAUGUGACAUGAGGUAGA